UCAGACUCGAUCUCGGCAAAUUGACCGUAUAUUUGCUCGCACACGAUCGCCAGUUGUUACGCCCCUAUCUCGAGAUCUGCAUGUCCCAGGCCCGUCGCUGCAGCAUAGAAGGGUGUCCAGUAUGUCCUCCAUGGCGUCAAUGCCAUCGCUACCGGGACUCGGCCACUUCAGAAAUGAUCUUGAGUCUGAUGUGUCUGGGCUGGGUUCUCUACUGCCUGCUUCGCCCAGACCUUGGUGUAGAGCACAGGAACUCGAGACGGAGAGGAGUUGGCGGCCAUUUGUUAUGCCUGGCGAUAAGUUGUCCAUGGAGUAUAAGGACAUUCCAAACCAGAUGGACAAGAUCUUCGGUCACCACCGCAAAUAUACCGACCUCUUUGUUGAUCACGUCAGCCAUCAAACAUCGACAAAUUCUAGGCCACGCGUGGCUCUUCGAAGAAGCGUAUCUCUACCAUGCCUAUCUGCGGUCCGCACUCCGACUUCUGCGACCUUUCAGCCCCUUCGCGACUCUGCUGUUUCUGCCGAUCUUCCCAUCCAUCCUUCACCUCUCCGUUCCGCGCCUGGCAAACUUUUCCACACACCUGAAGCCCACGCUCGCCUAGACGCCCGGAAACCCGACCGGGCGAACUGGAUUCAGACACAAGCUAAAGUUAUCGUAAGCUUGGGACGGCGCGUCGCCGCCGCAUUGCAGGCGUACCAGCAAUCCGGGAAACAAGAAGACUACGACGCUUGGCAGAACGCGCAGGAGGCGUUCAGUGAUGCCACGGAUCCAGUGAAGCGAC